AUGUCCAUUCUCUAUGCAGCCAUCUACCAAUUUCAAUCUUCAGAUAAUCCAGUUCUUCUCGGAGAGGGUCCAAAAUCGAGUGAAUUAAGCACGACCAUUUCCAAGAAGGUAUUGCCUUUGUGUUUAUUUUCUUCAUCAUCAAAGACCGAUGAUCAAAAGCAAGCCAUCACACAUGGUCCUAUUCAAUAUUCCUAUGUGGUCUCCAAGCAGGUAAUUUAUGUGGUGGCCGCAGAGAAGGGAACCAAGUUGAGAGUGCUCUCGGAUUUUCUCAGAGUUUUGGAAGAUAAAUUUACAUGUAUUAAUGAUAAGAAACAACCAGGAAGAGUUUCAAAAUUCAUCUUGGCCUGUGUUAAGCAAUACAAUACAGAUCCUACCAAGAUGGAUAAGAUUGCACAAAUGGAGGAAAAGAUUGAGACAGUUAAGGAUAGUAUGAUGAAUAAUAUUGAUGAAGUUUUAAAGAGAGGAGAACGUGUGGAAAAGCUACAAGGUGAUACUGGUGAGUUGGAGGACAUAACAGCUGAUUUUAAGAAGAAUACUAGAAGUGUAAAGAGAAGACAAGUUGGUAAUUCAUGUCAAAUCCUAUAA